AUGUUUUGUGUCGCUUAUAGUUGCACUUUUCUGAGCUUACUUACCCUCUUUGUUUAUAUUUUCCCCGUGGCAGUCACCUCCUUUGUGGUAAAGCACCAAAGGGGCAUUCCAACAAGGGGGAACUACAUAGAUUGGAAAACCUAUCCACAGAAUUUUCUCACCUGCAAGAAUAGCAAGAGCUACGUAGCCAAGGACAGGAACAGUUAUCACCUAAAGCAUAAGUCCAAUUUGAAUCGCCAUUUGGGUAGGCGAAAUGAGUGGGUAGCCAAUACCUUUGUGGGCAAGAGGAGGGUGAGGUUGUUCAUAUGCAGCAACCCCCUUCGCAUUAAAAGGAGAAACAGAAAUGAGAAAUUAAACCUGCAACAGUUGUCCCAUUUGGAGAGUAGCCAAUUAGAGGAGGAGUACAAAUCGGACGUAACAGAGGAAGAGAAAAUCAUGAGACAAACUUCGUCUGCAAGUGACGUGAUCGAAAAGGCAAAUGGGGGCGCUGCGAACGAAGUGGUUAGUGUAGACGGAAAGGAUUCCUACGUGCAAAGUAGCCACCUAGCUGUCCAGCCAAAUUUGAACAAAACAGAGAAGCAGAAAAUUAUUCUCAUUAUCGGUGUAACAUGCAGUGGGAAGACAAAGUUUAGCAUAGACUUGUGUGAAGAACUGCAGAAGAAUAAUGUGGAGAGCGAAAUAAUUAGUGCGGAUUCUAUGCAGGUUUACCAAAAUUUCAAGGUAGGUGUAGCCAAAGUGGAGGAAGAAGAAAAGAGGGACAUAAAACACCACCUUUUGGAUGUGUGUGGACCGAAGGAAGAGUUCAAUGCAUAUAAAUUUAUUAGCCAUACGAUACCCAUUAUCCGUAGCAUAAGUGAGAGGAACAAAUUGGCCAUUGUUGUUGGAGGUACGCUGCUUUACGUUGAGUCGCUCCUGUGGGAAUCUGUGGUAGAUUUGGAAGAAGCCCAUACCAAAACGUAUAACGAAACGCAUAGCGAAGUGCAUAGCGGAGUGCAUAGCGGAACGGAUCCUUAUGAACACAAGACAAAUGAAGAACUGCAUGCAGAGUUGAAACGGGUCGACGAAGAAAGAGCCAAUCAGUUGCACCAAAAUGACAGGAAAAGAAUUUGUAGAAGUCUAGACAUUUUCUACUCACACAAUAGGAAACAUAGUGACCUAAUAAAAAUGAGAAACCACAAAAAUAACGAUUUCGAUAGGACAAGGUAUGCCCCCUGCAUCUUCUACCUGGACUACGACAAUGACGAUGUGCUACGGGGGAAUAUCCAAAAGAGAGUAGACGAUAUGGUUUCGAAGGGACUGUUGGACGAAGCCAUAAAAUUGAAGAAACAAAAUGAGAAUGCAAAUGUUAAGCUGUUUGGGAAGGGGAUUAACCAAAGCAUUGCAUACAAAGAGUUUGAUACGUACAUUGAAAAAAAAAUGAACAAUGAUGGUAAUGAAGAAUUGUUCAAUUUGUGCAAAGAAAAUUUGGUUAGAAAAACGUAUAAGUAUGCGAAGCGGCAGAGGAGGUGGGUAUUAAACAGAUUUGUAAAAUGCUAUAACAUCCCGCUGAACAGGAUAGACGUGUCACGCGACUACGCCGAGCAGCUCUCUGCAGCGGUGCAGACGGUGCUGAAAUUCUGCCGCAGUUAA